AUGAGGAAAUUCAGGUUGAUCCGAAAGAAAGCUCUAACAGUAUUAGUGUUCUCGACCAUAUGUUUGUCUGCCUACAUUUUGAAAGGUCGAAACUAUAAGGGUCAUGACCCGACCGUGGUGAUUUGGGAUAAGCCGAAGAUUUCACAAGACCAAGAGAACAUAGAAGUUCAUUACUAUAAUAAACCCCCGUCAGUUUCUCUACAGGCAUUCAGUAGGUGUCCGGAUCGCUGUAGCAUGACUUUCGGCGAGAAGGAGUAUAUCAAUAAGAAAAUAGUAAUUUUUCAUGGACCAGAUUUGCGUGGAAAACCACCAAUGAAAUAUCGAGGACAACUUUGGAUCAUGCAAUCUAUGGAGCCACCAACACUUUAUAAAGACAAUUUAAAGCAAUGGCAUCGAGUAUUUAAUUGGACUCUCGUACACAGAAGAGAUUCAGAUAUAUUCUCACCCUACGGAUCGUUCGCACCAAUCCGAUCAGUUCCAGUCAAUGAUAUCCAACCAAUUGCCUGGACUAAAAAAGAUAAGACAGCAGCUUGGUUUGUAUCCAACUGUAAAGCACAAAGCAGAAGACUAGAUUACGUCCAAUACCUACAACGAUACGUCGACAUUCAUAUUUAUGGGAAAUGUGGCAAUAUGAGUUGUCCCCGUUCUAUACACAACAACUGUCUGACUAAACUACAGGAUCAGUUCAAAUUUUAUUUGGCUUUUGAAAACAGUCUGUGCGCAGAUUACAUUACGGAGAAAACAACUCGAAUUUUACAAGAAGGCCUUGACGUCAUACCGAUCGUCAGGGGAACAGGUGAAUUGUACAGGAUGCACCUUCCUCCGAACUCUUUUAUCAAUGCACAUGACUAUACCGUUAAAGGAUUGGCACAAAAAAUGAAAUCCAUCUCCAAUAGCAAACAAGAAUUCAUGAAAUAUUUUGCCUGGAGGAAACAUUAUUACGCUGAAGAAAUAGAUUUAUUCUAUUGUGAACUUUGCAAGAAAUUACACAACGCUGACAAAUACAAGCGCUUGUAUCGAUCAAUUAGUGAUUGGGUAAAUGACCAUCCAGAUCAUCCCAACUGCCGAGAACCUAUCGAUGUUCCUGGCAAAUUUGUAUCCACUUCAAAUGAAAAGGGACAUACUUCAUUAGAAGUGGUUGUUGUUGGCCUCAUUUUGUGCAAUCUCUUCCGUCCAAUAUGA